AUGAAACCGCCGGGAGGGGGCGGCGGCGGCGGCGGCGGCGGCGGCGGGUGGGGUAGGGGGAUCCCGUUCCUGGUGUCAUUGUUCUUCCCGACGUCCCUCCUGGCCUUCCUCCUGGUGCUCGUCGCCGCCUGCAAUGGGUUCAUCUGCAUCAGCAGCACUGAGGCCGCCGCUUCUUCUUCCCUGCCGCGGGCGACCCUACUCCAGCCCAGAUCAACCGCCAUGGCCGCGAAGGAGGAGGCCGCUCCGCUGGCCGAGGCCCACCAGUCGCUAAGACAAUGGCGGUUUCUGCAGAAGCGAAGCGGCGAGGUUUCUCCCCAACCAGUCGUCUUCUCCGCCGCCCAGCGGCGCAGAUGGUCGAGGAGGGCCCUCCGCAGGUUCCUGCGCCCCAGCGAACGGUCCAAGCUCUUCGCCGCCCGUGCCGACGAGUUCUUCCUCCAUGGGAACUCCACCUGCGAGAACCGCUUCUUCAUGACCUGGAUAUCUCCGCUCAAGUCCUUCGGGGAAAGGGAGCUCUUCGUCAUUGAGAGCCUCUUCAAGUUCCACCCCCACGCCUGCCUACUCAUCCUCUCCAACACCAUGGACACCCCGCUGGGCGCCGCUCUGCUGGCCCCGUUCCUUGUGCGGGGUCUCCGGGUCUCCGCCAUCUCCCCCAACUACGCCUUCCUCUUCAAGGACACGCCGGCGGCGCUGUGGCUCAAGCGGCUGCUCGCCGGCGGUGUCGACCCCGGCGAGGUUCCCCUCGGCCAGAACCUCUCCAACCUGCUCCGCCACGCCGUCCUGUACAAAUUCGGCGGCGUCUACCUCGACGCCGACGUCAUCGUGCUGAGGAGCUUCUCCCCGCUGAGGAAUGCCAUCGGCGCGCAGGCGGUGGACCUCGCCACCGGCAACUGGAGCCGCCUGAACAACGCCGUGAUGGCCUUCGACAAGGGCCACCCGCUCCUCUUCAAGUUCAUCCAGGAGUUCUCCCUCACCUUCGACGGGAACAAAUGGGGUCACAACGGGCCGUACCUGGUCUCUAGGGUUGCAGCGAGGGUGGCGGGUCGACCCGGGUUCCAUUUCACCGUGCUGCCGCCGGCGGCCUUCUACCCGUUCGACUGGAGCAGGAUAGAAUCGCUCUUCCGGUCUCCGAGAUCCGGGGAGGAUCGGCGGCGGCUCUCCGACAAGCUCAGGAGACUCCGGGAGGCCAGCUUCGCCCUUCACCUCUGGAACCGGCACAGCAAGACGAUGGAGGUCGAGGAAGGAAGCAUCGUCGAGCAGUUAAUGUCGGAUUACUGCGUGUUCUGCAACGACUCGGCAUCAUCAUCCUCCUCCUCUCUGUGA